UAGUGUUAUUAUAGGUUAUGCGUUCUAAAAUGUAGGGAAAUGAGUUAAAAUAUAAAACAGAGUAGUUUUAGAAUAUAAAAUUGAAUAAGAUUUAUUGUAUCUUUGGAAAUACAGUUCUUCUUAAAAAUCAAGAGUCUCUCUAAUACUCUCUUGGCUGUAACUUUUAAUUCCAUAAGACUUAUUGCUGUUAACGAAAAGUAACUAAAUUAAGUCAUGGCAGACGAAGAAUUUGAGGGAGACAAUGAUGUUGGCGAUGAUUACCCCGAAGAGGUUGAUGAAGAUGAGGAGAUGGAAGAAGCUGAAGCCGAAAACGGGAAUAUAGAAGUAUUGAAUCCUGGUCAAGCUGGUGGAGCAGUUCCUAAGGAAAAACGAAUUACAUCGAAAUAUAUGACAAAAUACGAAAGGGCAAGAGUUUUGGGGACUAGAGCUCUACAAAUAUCAAUGUGUGCUCCUGUUAUGGUAGAAUUAGAUGGAGAAACCGAUCCACUACAGAUUGCUAUGAAAGAACUCAAAGAACGUAAAAUUCCUAUUAUUAUAAGAAGGUAUCUUCCAGAUAAUUCAUAUGAAGAUUGGGGAAUUGAUGAACUCAUCAUUGUAGACCAUUAGAUAUAUCAUGUUUAUAUUAAUAUAAAACAAUAAAUUUUAUUAUUUUUAA